AUGUCGAAGGUGGUCAUCACAGACACUCAUCCGCCCUGUCUCUGUGCCCUUCACCCAUCAGGCUCCUUGCACCUGGGCGGCCUCCGCACUGCCUUGUACAAUUACAUCUUUGCCAAGAAACACCGAGGGAGCUUCAUUCUGAGGCUGGAGGACACGGAUCAGACGCGCCUUGUGCCUGGGGCAGCAGAGAAUAUUGAAAACAUGCUGGAGUGGGCAGGCAUCCUUCCAGAUGAGAGCCCCCGCAGGGGAGGCCCGGCUGGGCCCUACCAGCAGUCCCAGCGACUUGAGCUCUACUCCCAGGCCACAGAAGCUCUGCUGAAGACUGGAGCUGCAUACCCCUGUUUCUGCUCCCUGCAGCGGCUGGAGCUCCUCAAGAAAGAGGCCCUGAGGAACCACCAGACGCCCCGGUAUGAUAAUCGGUGUCGGAACCUGACCCAGGCACAGGUGGCUCAGAAGCUUGCCCAGACCCCCAAGCCUGCUAUCCGCUUCCGUCUGCAGGAGCAGGCCCCAGCUUUCCAGGACCUGGUGUAUGGCUGGAAUCGGCACGAAGUGUCUAGCGUGGAGGGAGACCCAGUCAUCUUGAAGAGUGAUGGCUUCCCCACAUACCACCUGGCUUGCGUGGUGGACGACCACCACAUGGGCAUCAGCCACGUGCUGCGGGGCUCUGAGUGGCUAGUCUCCACCUCUAAGCACUUGCUCCUCUACCAGGCCCUGGGCUGGCGGCCUCCUCACUUUGCCCACUUGCCCCUACUCCUUAACAGGGAUGGCAGCAAGCUGUCCAAGCGUCAUGGGGACAUCUUCCUGGAUCAUUUUGCCACUGCCGGCUUCCUACCAGAUGCUUUGCUGGACAUCAUCACUAACUGCGGCUCGGGGUUUGCAGAGAACCAGAUGGGCAGGACCUUGCCAGAGUUGGUAACACAGUUCGACCUGACCCGCAUCACCUGCCACUCAGCCCUGCUGGACCUGGAGAAGCUUCCAGAAUUCAACCGGCUGCACCUCCGGAGGCUGGUGAACAGUAAGGCCCAGAGGCACCAGUUGGUGGAAAAGCUGCGGUCACUUGUGGAGGAGGAGUUUGGGAGCCAGCUGCAAGACAGAGCUGUCCUCGACCCAUUGUACCUGGAGAGGAUCAUCCUGCUGAGACAGGGUCACAUCUGCCGCCUGCAGGACUUGGUGUCCCCAGUGUACUCCUACUUGUGGACACGCCCUGCUGUGGACCGGGCACAAUUGAGUGCCAUCUCAGAGAAGGCAGAGGAGGUUGCCAAGCGGGUGCUUGGGCUUUUACAAAGACCCAGUAUGAACUUAACUCAGGAUAUUCUGAAUGGAGAACUGAAGAAGCUCUCAGAUGGUUUGGAAGGCACCAAACACAGUCACAUAAUGAAACUCCUCCGAAUGGCCCUCAGUGGACAGCUGCAAGGACCCCCCGUAGCAGAGAUGAUGGUGUCCUUGGGACCCAGAGAAGUACAAGAACGGAUACAGAAGGCACUUUCCAGCUAGGAAGAAUGACCCCCGUAAUCUCAACACUGGCAGGCCACCUGUGGGGGAGAGGAGAAGGACGAUUAGGGCCUGUCAAGCUGGCAUGGAGUCAGCAUCUGACCUAGCUUUGCAAGGGAGAAAAGAAUCGGAAGGUGAAUUCCUGUGAGGCAGAGGUCAGGCAUGCUUUUGUUGUCCAGCCUUUCACCAGUCCUGAUAAUAGCCAUACCUCCCACAACUCUCUCUACCUAUCUCCCGAUUGGAAUGACCACACAAACCUCACAGAUUGUACUCGCGAUGACGGAGUUUAUUAGGGAAGGAACUGGUUACAAUUCAGGAUCAGGAUACAGUGCUUUGGUCAGGACAGUCUCCUCUCUCUGUGCUAACAGGCACGCCCAGGUCAUCAACCUCGUGGACUGCUUGGACAAGUGUUAAUAUACCUUUCAGCCCUAUGGCCCAUUGGCCCCCACUCUGCGUGGCCAAGUGUAGCUCUUCCCACUCCACCAGUCAACCUCGGCCCAAGGACACUCAGUUCCAACUCCUUGGUUAGGCAAACUUGGCUCCCCACACUGACAGUAAGUGCCUGAAGGCAACCCAUUCAAUCAGCAAGCCACCUGUUCUUAGGCCCUCCGCUUUCUUGCUCUGUGGGAUAGAAGUCCACUGUCCUAUCUCCUUCUCUUUCUUCUGCUGCCGCCAUUUCUCUAUCACUUCUUUGCGGUCUCUCACCAUCUCUGGUGCCAUGCUUCACCUCAGGGCUUGCAGGGUCCACAGGAUGCUCUCUGCUCCUGGUUCUUCUUUCUUGAUAGUAUUGAGGGCCCCUCUUCUGUGUCUAAAAUAACUCACUUUAAACCUAAACUGACCAAUCCUCAUGUUAGGGUUCCAAAGGCCCUAUUUAUAUGGCCCUACCCCACAAGUGUCAGACCGAACUUAGAGUAUCAGCAAGGUAUUCAAUCCUCUGGAUGGCCCCAAAUAACUCACAUUUGUAUAACCCUACUUGGUCAUUUGGUAGGAAUUAAGAGACUAAGGCCAGAAGGACCACAUUCAGUAAUUCAUUGUGCCGAAGGGUCCUUCAGAAGCUUGGAGAAACACCAUUCCUGAGCACACACAGCACCUCGUGGUUCCACGUAAGCCUUCCCUUUGCAGUUGAUUAGAGAGAUCUAGUCCCAUAUUUUCUUGAUAGUGUUUCUAGGGAAACGCUAUCCGUGUGUCUGCUUUCUGUGCUGCAGAGGUUGGCUCUUAGAAAAAUCACCAUCACAGUAGAGUCCCAGUGUUCUGGGUGCUUAGCAGAAGCCCUGACUCACAAAUUCCACAGGCUGCGAUGGGUUUAGAGCAGGAAAAGGAAUGGCACAAGCAGGCUAACUGAAUAUCAAACCUCUUGGGGGUUGAAUGGGGAGAAUUAAUCUACCAACAGUUUCAUAUUCUGUGUGCUUGAGCCUUGGGGAGGCCUGCUGCUUCCCUUCCCCAAAAGUCAGCCUGAGGAGAUUUUCAUCCUGUUCACUUUCUUCUGCCCCUGACUUAUAAAUCAUUGUCCCAGGA